AUGGAUUAUAGUUCGAAUGAUCACUCUGACUCUGAAGGAGAAUUGCCUCAGCAUCCACCAAGGUCUAAACGGAAAAGUAUGGCUGGAGGAGUAAAAUCUUCGAAGCCACCCGGGGCUCCGAAGAAGAAUCAGGAAAUUGAGUCUGAAGGGAAUGAAGAAGAAAUCCCAUAUGCUAACAGUCAUUCCAAGGAUGAUUUGGUCACUGACGCCCUCACCAUCUUCUCUGAUGGAAAUCUCAAAAAGGGUGGUCAUGGCAGAGAGAAAAAUACGACAACUGAGAUAUAUGAAAAUCUUUGCAAGAAGUACCAGAUUAUGUUUGCCUUCACACCACCAUGGAACGGCUGCAUUGCUGAAAACUGCAUUGGCCCGAAUGAUGAAAAAGUCAGGCCGCCACCGCCUGCGAAUGCUCACCCGGAUUCCCUCAAAACCAUCGUUGAUUUUCCCAAGGAAGUAGUCAAGAGGAUGAAGGCCAAAGCAAAGCGCGAGGCUAGGGAGGCCAAGAAAAAGCAAGUUCAAGCACAAAACGUUGAGCUGACCCAACAGGACAUGAAGAAGAAGGAGCUUGCAUCCGCUUCCAAAGGAAAAAUGGGUGAUGAAAUUCCCAUGUAUGACCAGGCUACAAUUCUUGACAAGCCAGCACAGAGUCCUUCUCAAGUGAAGGAAAAUCUCCAAGAAGCUCAAGAAAGUAGUAAAGGACAAAAAGUCUCUCAAGAAAAUGAGAAAAAGGCCAAAACUGACUAUGAAAGAAAAUGCCUAAACAAAGAAAUUGUUGAUCUCGCCAAGGCCCUCAGUGAAAUUCGGAACGAGAAAGUUGAAUGGCACUCCAAGAUGCAUCUAGAUGUAGCUCAGUUGUGUGAUAGGAAGAAUGAGCAAAUUGAUCGCAAGGUUGAUCUUGCUCGCAGAAGAGUGCAGGAAGAAAGAUGUCAAAGGGCACUAGCAAGAGCUGCUAAACCACAAGGAAAGAAAGAUCACCAUCUUCAAAAUGUGGUUGUUGAUGAUGUUCCAAUCAACACAAGUGCACCCUUGCAGCAGGUUCCACCUUCUCCACCUCGUGUGGAAGAAUUAGUGCAGCAAGUAGCCACUGAUGAGGUCAUCAUUCCCAUGCCUACAGAAGAGCAACAAGAUGUUGUUGACGUUUUUUCUCGAAAAAUCAGAUGA